UACCUUCUUCUAUCAUUCUCCCUAAUCUUCUACCAGAGCGAGGAUCCCACUAUGUUGCGCAUGCAUAGGACGGUUGUGGGACAGUUAGCCCUGGUUCUAGCAGUACUUGGUCUGAUCGUUGUUACGAUGAUGAGAACAAGCACUUUUCAGCUAAACACGCGUGUUCUGUCAGAUCUCUCUGGCGGACGAAAUGGCAUGCAUGCAGCUGAAACAUUCAGACAACAGAGGGACAGACUGUCCAGUAUAUUGAACAUGGCAAAGCGGGAACUAGCCGUGAUGAGCUGUAAUAUGAUAGAGUUAAACACCAAACUCCAAAAGACCGCGGUAUCUGCUGCAGGAGGAUGGUGCAAAGAAUCAAGUAAAUCCGACAGUGGACAACAUAUGUUUGAUAAAUUUCUUGCGGAGCAACUAUCAUUAUUAUUUCAAAACCAAACUGUCGCAAGUUUUGGUGAUGGUCCAGGUGACUACAAGAAAUACUUGGACAGAACAGGCAGACUUCGCACCUACGAUGCUUUUGAUGGCGCUCCCUUCGGACAGGAAACCAGUGGAGGGGUAGUCCGGUUUUUAGAUCUGACGGCGCCGCAGUAUGGACUUCCGGUAUAUGAUUGGAUCAUCAGCUUGGAGGUGGCCGAGCAUAUUCCACCUCAAUAUGAAGAAAGAUAUAUUGACAAUAUCGCGAGGCACGCUAAUAAAGGACUUGUACUGAGUUGGGCGGUGCCUGGUCAAGGCGGUCUCUCGCACGUCAACAAUCGAGCCUUGUCAUAUGUACGGAGUGUGCUGGCAGAUAAGGGUUUUGAAACAGAUAUGACUGCUAGUAAGGUUCUCAGAGAAAAAGCAUCUUUACCAUGGUUAAAACAAAAUGUGUAUGUUUACAGAAGGCGGUUUGAUAGUCCACUCGACCCACUUGAUGCUUAAAUAUGUCUUGUAUAACACAAAUGUGGUGAUAAAUCACAGUUCACAUAUAAUUGCCAAUUUGUAGCUCACCUGACCAAAGCUUACGUGAUCAAAUGCAGGUUGUUUGUCAAUCGACGUCCCUUGUGCAUUGUAAACAUAGGCUCCGUAACCACUACACCGAUGAAGCUGAAAAUAUGUUCAUGAAGUUGGAAUCCGAUUUUCAAUGCGGCCGCAAUGGCAUACACAUGGGAAAACAUAUAGCCCUUAUUUAUCUUCAAUAUGUCAUGAAAUUUGAUAUACGGGUAUUUGGCAGUUGGGUUCAAAUGUAAAAUUUAAAAUUUUGAAUUUUGAGUUUACUUCGCGAUGAUAAUACUCCUCUGUGAUAGAAGCCACCGUGAAUGUACUGCCCAUUACUAUUAUCGCUCGAUUUUAUUUUUUCGAUAUGGCCGCCAUAUGACAAAAAGAGGAGGCACGAAAAAGCGCAAUAAGCUCAGUGGAAAUCUUAAAUUCUAUUCUAAUAUAUUCUGUCAGAUCGUGCGCUUUGGUAUCUUUAUUGCUACUGGUUUUCGCAUAUAUUUCAAACAUGUUUGCCAAGACAGAACUGUGAAAGUUUGUGUGCAUGAUAAUGGCUAUAUGAAAUCGAAUACAUGAUGAUUAGAAUUCCAGUUUGGUGUCGCAGACGAUGUUACAUAUGCAAUGUUUUCUCCUUCUACUCAAAAUGCAUUGAACUUAAUGUGAUGUAACUUAUAAUUCGGAUAUGUUACAUUGCUUAAUAGUUUCAUAUUUGUCAAGUAUUGCUGUCUGAAUGCUUCUUUGAGAGGCAUUUAGAAGUUGGAGUACAAAGUAAAGAUAAGAUAUAUGGAUGAACAACUUGUUUAUUACAGCCAGGAGCGACGUUUCGGUGUAGGUUCUAACACUUUACCUACUUGAUAACGGUGUUAGAGCCCACACCGAAACGUCGCGCCUAAUUAUAAUAAAGAAAUUGUUCAUCCAUAUAUCUUAUCCUUAUUUAUCUGAAUGCUGACAUCAAGGCUGUCGUCUUUAGUGACAGCAUGAGCUGUUGAGUACAUAUCUAGGUGAGCUACAGUGUCGUGGAACUGUAUUUUUUUCGUUUUGUAGAGUUGGUAUUAAGUUGGUAACACUACACUCUCCUCAAUAAAAACCCCUUUAAAUGCAUGUUUUUAUUUGAGUCUGAUAAACUGAAAUAUUAGGCUUCUCAAAGAAGUUAUGACAGACAGAGUUGAAACAUGUGACUAAGCAGAAUUAGGGAUUGGUCAAGACGUUCUCCAGUGUAGGCAUAGCCAGCGCAAUAAGGGUAGCGGCGUAUUUUAAACAUCUCAUGCCAAAAUGACGUCAUGGAAUUUUGACCCUGGAUUCUGGGUAUAAAAACAGACACGCUAUUUGUUUGGCUACCAGUGAAUAGGAUCAUAAUCAGAGCGAAUCUGAGGAUAAUAGGAUCCUAGUACACCUGAGAAACGUAGCUCUGAACAGGUCAUUGCGGCGCCUGAGACUAGUUCCCCGUGAUCCACGAUUGUACUAAGAAGGGACUGUGUUAAAAUACCUUUGGGAUGCAUCUUGAAUUGUAUUAAAAGUAUCCCUGUGUAACCAGGUCAAUAUAGGUCCCCAAACUAUGCUUAAAGGGAUAUUUAACUCAAAAUUAACAUAACGUAUAUGAAAAGAAACCACACAAAAAACAUAAUUAAGACACCUUGCACACUUGUAUGGAUGCAAGUAUGAGAAGUACUAGAUGAGAAUCGUCAUAAUUCCCGAUUCCCU